GAGCUCGAUACGACCACGAACGCCGAUAGACGUCUCCGACGAAUGAAACUGGCAUGCAUGCAUAUGUCAUAGUGACAUCACGGAGAAGUGUUACCGCAGUGAUUCUACUUCUAGUAUCUCCUUUGUAGGGCGCGGAGGGGGUAAACGAGAUGACAAACUUAUUUUACCACUCAAUGACUCUGUCAGCACAACAUUAAGCACAGAACAUCUGUGUGCGAAGACAACUAUAAUGAUUAGCUCCGAGUUUCAAAGUGACAGACUAUGGCUGAAUGGAAGGGAAGAGAACUGUGAAAAUCCACGUAUACAAAACUGUUUGAGAGAAGUCCGUAAAAGAGCCGCUAAAUCUGGAAACAAUGAAAAUAUGUCUACAUGGAACGUCCAUAUUUGUUCAGAAAAUAAUUUCCCCACGGCUGCUGGCCUUGCAUCAUCUGCUGCAGGUUAUGCAUGUUUAGUGUAUGCAUUAUCCAGAAUUUAUGAGAUUGAUGGUGACAUAUCAGCCAUAGCACAUCAAGGCUCAGGUAGUGCCUGCCGCAGUGUGCUGGGAGGUUUCGUACAGUGGAACAAAGGAGACCAAGAUGAUGGUUCAGAUUCAUUGGCAACUCAGCUAGCUCCAGCUAAUCACUGGCCAGAAAUGAGAAUUCUAAUUCUUGUGGUACAUGAAAAACACAAAAAGAUAAGCAGCAAGAUUGGAAUGGAACAGAGUGUGAAAACAAGUGAACUGCUAAAAUAUCGUGUUUCACACUGUGUCCCACAAAGGAUACAAGAUAUCAAACAGGCUAUAUUAAAUAAGGACUUUGAGAGAUUUGCUGAAAUAACAAUGAAAGACAGCAAUCAGUUUCAUGCAGUUUGUCUGGACACAUUUCCACCAGCAGUUUACAUGAAUGAUGUUUCACAUGCCAUAGUUAAUUUUGUUCACUGUUACAACAAAUUAAAAGGUCACAAUGCUCUUGCAUACACAUUUGAUGCGGGUCCAAAUGCUUGUUUGUAUAUGAAAGAGCAUGAUGUCCCAAAAGUUUUGGGUUUACUCAGUGUCAUUUUUCCAUUUCCUGGAGAAGAAGACAGCUACAUUAAAGGAAUUCCAAUCAACAAGGACACUAUUCCACAGGAAAUGCAAGCUGCUUUUGGAAUGGAACAACAAAAGGAAGGGUCAUUAAAAUAUAUAAUCCACACGCGUCUUGGAAAUGGACCAAAGGAACUGAAGAGUCAGAAUGAGCAUCUCUUGACAGAGUCUGGAGUACCAAAGAACCUGGUCGUAUGAAGAAACAAUGAAGGAAUCAAAGUAUGAUUAAAUAUGAGACACGAAUCUACAACUGACAGUACUAUCAGUUGUACUGUUAUUUCUAAGCUCAGGAAACAAAGCAUUAUGUAAAUUACCUCACACCUUCUAUAUACUGAUUCAAAAGUGACAGCCAUGGCACAUUGUAGCGCUGGUAUAAAUUUUAAAUAUAUUUCACUUUGUUAUCAUAUGAAGUCACAGUUUACACUCAAGCUUCCUCCUGAUUAGAGCUCUUUAUAUAUUCUCAUAUCCUUAUUUCUAUUGGAUGAUCAACUGGAAAAGGAAAGGAUACGAAUUUUCUCUCAUUCUGUGGGAUGAUUCUGUUCCACAGUGGAUAAAUAGUCCCCAUAACUCAGUGUGUGUGUGUGUGUGUGUGUGUGUGUGUGUGUGUGUGUGUGUGUGCGUGCGCGCACGCGCUAUCUUUCAUUUUGUCCAGCAUUUGAGAUUUUUCUGGUAAUGUCUGAAUUUUGGCCUCAUCCCAGGUUAUUUAGAGCUUCAUUAAACUGAUGAGACGUAACAUGUUUAACUUAAUGUUUGGUGUUGGGG